AUGAGACCAUUCUCCAGAAGCUGUGAUGAUGAUGAUGAUGAUGAUGAUGACGACGAUGAUAUAACCGUGCCGUUUGGUCUAAGACAGUGGCUGAGAGUUUUCAGUCUGUUCUGUUAUCUUGUAAUCCAGAGGGAGCCUUCGCGUUCUGAAGAAAAAUGUCUCUCUAUGUUAAGGGUCGGGAGCCCCCACGUGAACGCCAGUGUUUUUCUCAAAGGGGAGUCGGAAAACGACCUUUUAAAACAUAAACUCAUCGCAUUCGACCGCUUUAAACGCCCCUCUCAAGACGAGAAAUGGCCAAGAGGGUGCACGCAUCACCUAAAUCCAAGCAUGAAUGUUCACGGAUUUGUCAAGCUUACACUGUCUUGCUUAUCGUUGCUCGGGACCGCUGGCUUCUGUAGAGGAUCCGAAUGCAUCGCUGGAUGCAAUCUGGACAAUGGGGUCUGUGAAGAGAAUGGCGAAUGCAGAUGCAAACCUGGCUGGCAAGGUGCGACGUGUGAGCAGUGCCUAACCUACCCUGGCUGCGUCCAUGGAACAUGUGAGAAAGCCUGGCAGUGUAUCUGUGAACAGGGAUGGGUGGGCAGCCAGUGUGAUGAAGAUGCCAAUCUGUGUUCAUCAAAACCGUGCUCUGAGAAUUCCACCUGCGUUCAGACUGGUGAGGGAGGAUACAUCUGCGUUUGUCCUCAAGGAUACACAGGAAAAAACUGCGAACUGAAGAAGGGACCUUGUCUAACCAAUGGUUCUCCCUGCCUCAACGGGGGCACUUGUACUGACGGUAAUGGCUUUGACAGUCACCCCACCUGCGUAUGCUCUCCUGGAUUUAUGGGUAACUUCUGUGAGAUCGAUGCUGACAAGUGUGAACCUAACCCCUGUGCGAACGGAGGCAGUUGUUCCACCCACGGGCAGUCCUACGUCUGUGCCUGUCUCCCAGGCUUCUCUGGGGACACUUGUAACAUCAGCCUCCCUCCGUGUCAUCACUCCUCCCACUGUGGGCGUGGCGGGACCUGCUUCAACGACACCGAGGGAGGGGUCCGUUGCUUGUGCCCCGCAGGGUUUUCGGGACCCUCGUGUACCGUUCACGCGCCCAGACCCAAGCCCAAAACGAAGGCCAGGCCGCCAGGACAAGGACACGCGCCACAGCACUACAGCCUCCCAGCCCACGCCUUCCACAAGCUCCUGAGACCCCCCGAGAGAGAGCUGCUGAAAAUCACCCUGAAAGAGACCAUGCACACCUCCAGCUCCCUCAUCACCCGCAACCAGGUCAUCUGCUUUGCCGUUUUGGGCGUCCUCACCUGCCUGGUCGUCCUAGGGACCACCAGCAUCAUCUUUUUCAAUCGAUGCGAGGCGUGGAUGGCGAACGCCAAGUACAGCCAGCUGGUACGACAGCAGAGGGAUUACCUGCUGAGGAUGGCCAACGCGGAGGAGAAUUCCGUCAACAUCAUCCUGCCGGAGAAAAUCAAACUGACCAAUUACGGGAAGCAUUAUACAACCAUGUGA